CCACGCAUCCGCUGCCAUGCCCCGCAACCUCGCCCGCCUGCGGUACAGGCUGCCGCCCGCGCCCGUGUCGUUUGAGGGCAUCGACCCCGGCCGGGCUCGCGUGCUGGAGAAGAAGGUCGCCCAGUAUGUGGUGCGCCAGUCGAACCCGCGCCACGUCAAGCUCCAGACGGUCGUGAACGCCAAAGCGAAGCCCCUCGCGACGGGCAAGACGGCGGUCAGGCCCAUCAAGCCGUACACGCUGCGGGACGUUGUCGACCCCGAGGGCUCCGCGCGCCACGGCCAGAUCAUCUACGUCUUCCGGAGCAUCAAGACCAACCAGAUCAUCUACUCGCUGCAGGAGCUGCUGGACAACCACCACCUCGCCCAGCUGCCCUUCAUUGGCAAGCACUCGGUCCCCGCCCAGCUGCGCCCGGACGAAUGGACUCCACACUGCGUCAUCACCUUCGCGACCCCCGAGCAAGGCCACAACGCCUUCCGCAAACUCCGCGAGUUCCGCAGGCUGCACGAAGUGUCCUGGGAGAAGACGAACCCCGGGUGGAAGCAGCUGAAGAUCGAGCAGCGCAUCAAGAAGAUCAUGGACCAGCGCGCAAACAUGAGCGCAGACUUGGCCGAGGUUCUGCGGAUACAGGACACACACGGCGCAGCCAUGGCCACUGCGCUCGAGGAGCAGCAGCAGAAGGCGUCCGAGUUCAUGGACAAGAAAUGGGCCUCCAUCGACUCUGUCGCAAAUGCUGCCGUUACCAAGGAGAACAGCGCAAGCAGUGUGAGCUGGCUGGAGCAUGAGAUCAGGCGCCUCACACAGAAGCUCAAGAUGAAGCACAUGCAGAAGGACGCUGACCAAAAGGCGCUCGAGGCCGCCCGCUCCAGCCACGAGACCCGCCUCAAGCGCGUGCAAUACGCAUUGCGAAAGGGCGAGCAGUUCAGGAAGAUCCAAGAAGAGCUCGCCGUCAAAGCUGGGCCUGCAAACGAACCCGGAGCCGAGGAGAAACUCGCCGAACUGCACCAAAAAGUCGCCGUGCUCCGCCAAGCACUCGAGAAUCCCGACCCUACCCACUCCCAGGAACAUCUCCAUGUCGACGCGGACCUGCUCGAGCGUCACACCGCCGAUAUUGCGUCCCUCGAGGAGGCGUUCGAGGCCAAGAAGCAAGUCGAUUCCCGCGACCACUACAUUGCCCGCUCCGUCCUGCCGCAGCAUCUGAAGAAGACCUUGCCCACACCGUACACCCUUGACGGCGUAAAUGUCAUGUGGGCAGACAUGCAAGAUGCUUUGUACGCCGCUGGUUCGUGGCCCGAGGCCAUUGCACACGAGACUCUCGCCAUCAACAGGAUACGCGACGCAACCGCGUAUCUGUCCGCCGAGGAGUUUGAGAUCGAGAAGAGGAACGAGGUUAGCAGUAUCUUGAGCGCGCUGAGACCGGAGGCAGAGACCGAGGAGGAUAAGGCGCACAUGUAUACUAGGCUCGAGGAGCCGGUGGAGCAGAAGACGGGUGUGUUGGGCAUGCUUGGUAAAGCGAACCCUUUCAAGAAGGCGAGUGCGUAAUGCGGGUGUAAGAAACGUGUAGGAGGAUUUGCUGUACCAUAUUGCAUAGUAUCUACGUGAGCGCACGUGUUGGACGGUAGUGUAC